AUGGCCCGACUGGCCGCGCUGCUGCUGGCCGCUGCCCUGGGCGCGCUGCUCAGCUUCGCGCUGCUGGCCGCCGCGGUCGCCAGCGACUACUGGUACAUCCUGGAGGUGGCGGACGCCGGUGACCGCACCGACCGCGCCGAGCGGCUGUCCUCGCACUCGGGGCUCUGGCGCACUUGCGAAGGGCAGAACAGCUGCAUACCCCUGAUCGACCCCUUCAGCAGCAAGGGCCUGGAUGUCUCCCCCUCAGUGCAGCACCUUCUCUCGCUGCACCGAGCUGUCAUGGUGGUCCUUCCGUUGAGCCUGAUCCUCAUUGUGUGCGGCUGGGUCUGCGGCCUGCUCAGCUCCCUGGCCCGGAGUGUCCCUCUGCUGCUACUCACCGGCUGCUACUUCUUGCUGGGGGGUGCCCUGACCCUGGCGGGGGUCAGCGUCUAUAUCAGCUACUCGCACCUGGCCUUCGCGGAGACUGCCCGCCAGUACGGCCUGCAGCACAUGCAGGGCGUCCACAUCAGCUUCGGCUGGUCAGUGGCCCUGGCCUGGGGCUCCUGUGCCCUGGAGGCACUCAGUGGCACCCUCCUGUUGGCAGCCGCCCGAACCCUCAGCCUGAGCAGGCUCCCAGGUGCUCCCCACUCUGUGGCCAUCUGAGCUGGGGGGCGGGGGGGGGCAGUGCUUGGCAUCUCCUGGGAGUCCCGUUCUGCAGGCCUGGCUAGAGCCUGGCCUGGAACACCCUGGAUGGCACACUGGGGAAGCCCUUGGCCAGUCAUGCUGCUUUGCCCUUCAGAUACAGAUAGGAUUUCCUCCUCUUAGAGACAAGGAAGUGUCUGGACAGAGGAGGCCAGGGCCGCAAGGCACAUGGGUUCUGGGUGGUACAGUCGGGUGGGGGUACCUUGGGCUCCUGGGUUCUCUGGGGGUGUUCUUGUCUCUUGGGCUAUGGCUGGCCCUCCUCAGCUACCCACAUUCCUAAUGACCUGUCUCGAUGAGGGGUGGCUUCAGAGUGCACAGGUGUGUGUUAAAUAUGAGUACCCCCUGUUCCCUGGCCCUCACAGCCCUGUGCAGUGGUCACCUUUCACCCUGUGUUGCUGGGGGAGACCAAGGCCCAGACCACUCAGGAGCCAAGGGCAGGACCCAAUGUUCUAGUAGGUUGGUGGGACCCCAGGCCUCUGUUUUGUCCCCAUCCUCCAGAGCAGGGUUGUUAGGGAGGAGAGCAAGGACAGGGCGGAGAUCCCUUUAGUUUAUAGGCAGACUGGCUCCCACCCCAUGUGCCCUGCCCCUCCCUUGUCUUCCCACCAGGUGGGUGACUCUGCACGCACCCAGGUGGGGCAUAUGCUGCAGGCCAUGGCUCCUGCUGGCUCUGACCCUUCCCUUCUGCAGCAACUUGGGGAUGCUUGUAACUGCCAAGGGCCCUGGGGCAGCUUGACUGACAGAUGUGGAGGUCCCAGAAGGGCAGGGUGGGGAUGGGGAACUCUGUGCCAUGGUGGGGGCAUCUCCACCAUGGGGUGCGAUGUGGUGGGGUGAGCUGGAGCCGUGCCUAGCCCGCCCUGUGAGUGACCUGGAUGAAGGGGCUCCUCAGCCAGAAGGGCUGGGGCUGCCAGGUGGCAGGGGCCAGGCCUGGAGUUUGGGCUGCAGACUUGUUGAGCAAUCGGUAGAGGCUUAGUGGGGUGGGGCCUGCUCAUAGGCCCAGGCUGGUCCAAGGACGAGAUGUGAGGACAGGGCCAUCCAGCCCCCCCUGAGUCAUCUUGGGCCACAGGGAGGGGCAGGCAUGUUUUUAUGUAGGUGGACAGCUGGGCAGAUGCAGGAAAAGGGGCCCCAGGGAAGGUCCUGGAAGCCCCAUUUCCUGUGCAGGGCCUUCCUGAGCUUUGGGCCAUGUGAGGGGAAAGAUGACACCUUUAGAGCUUUGACCUCCUCCCCUGUUUGUCCUUAUUGCUCCUGAGGACAUGGAGCUGGCACAGAUUUGGCAGGGCCCACCGAGACAAAGAGCUGGGCAGUCGAGUGGGGCUUCUCUUCCUACCGUGUUUGAACAUUGGCCACUCCCUGUGGGAACACUGUGCUGAUCUGUCCUUGAAUAAACCAGCUUGUGCUCUGUGCA